AUGUAUGAUUCAUCAUUUGUUACCAAAUGGAAAGAACAACAUCAAGAUACAUUUAUACCACAAGCAUGUUUUAUGGGUUUUAAAUCAUCAUGUAUGAGAACAUUCUUUGGUCUGUGGAAAAAUGCAUGGAAAACAUGGAUUGAACCAAAACCAUUUACAAUGUAUCAAGAUCCAAAUCCAGAUUUUAUUGGAUCAAGUUUUUGUACUGAACAAUAUGCAUUGGGUAAUGCAAUAUCUGAUUUCAUAGCACAAGAAUCUUUUUCACAUAAUUAUCCAUAUGAUUAUAGAGAAUUGAUACUACCUAUUCAACGAAAAUUGAUUAUGAUUGAAACAAAUAAACGACUCGAAUUAUUUUAUCCAUCGUCCAAAUUACAAUCUAUAUUUCGUUCUCGUGCCAUUAUUUCUUCUUUACCUUAUUCUUUUGUUUUGAAUACAUAUUUUUUGAAGAAUUCAUUCUAUCGGCUAUCUAAUUAUCAAGGAUCUACGAACAUAUCCAUGUGGUGUUCCAUGUUUUCGUAUUCUUGCUCAAGUGAAGAUUCAUUUAUUGAUUCAUUUUUUGAUUGUAUAUUUCAUUUCUAUAAUCAAAACUAUGAAGCCGGUUAUGAAUGGUAUUUCAAAAACUUCAUCAAAUGUUAA